CCACCAUGAAAGGCUGUCUUGCCUUAGCGACGGCGGUGGGUGCUGCGCAUGCUUCUAGUCUCGUUGAUAUUUGCACCGAUGCCUACAUCAAGGCCGCCUUGCCCGCCGAGGACACCUUUCAGGGUAUCUCCAUGAUCUCCAGCUCGGUCUCAACCAAGCUCCAUUCCAACGUGUCCAUCAGCAGCUCCAACUUCUUUCCCGCUGCUACCAUCAGCUACUGCGAUGUCAGCUUCAACUACACCCACAUUGGCCGGAAUGAUCGGGUGGCUCUCACCUACUGGAUGCCCGCCCCAGCCGACUUCCAGAAUCGGUUCCUCACCACCGGAGGCGAGGCCUACGAGAUCAACGAGGAUUCCGGCACCUCUGGCUCCUUACCGGGCGGUGUUAUGUACGGGGCAGUCUCCGGUCUUACCGACGGUGGCUUCAAUGGGCAAUCUUUUGACGAUGUCUUCCUUCUCGCCAAUGGCACUAUGAUGGAAAUCGGCCGUGAACUCACCCGCAAUGUGUACAACACUGGGGAGAAGAAGGUCUACACCUACUACCAAUCAUGCUCCGAGGGGGGUCGUGAAGGCUGGUCCCAGGCCCAGCGGUACGGCUUUGACUACGACGGCAUUAUCGUCGGCGCGCCUGCCUUCCGUUUUGCCCAUCAGCAGAUUAAUCAUCUUGUGCCCAACGUGGUAACCCAGACGAUGAAUUAUUAUCCGCCCCCUUGUGAGUUGGAGCUGAUUGUCAACGCCACCAUCGCUGCCUGCGAUCCGCUGGAUGGCCGCGCAGAUGGGGUCAUCGCCCGCUCGGACCUGUGCAAACUGCACUUCAAUUUCACCUCCUUGAUCGGCGCCCCUUACUACUGCGCGGCCAGUUCAGGCGGGAGCAGUCUGGGUCUCGGGUUCAGCAAGCGGCAGUCCAUGGGCGCGACCCCGGCACAGAAUGGCACCGUCACUGCAGAGGCAGUACAAUUGGUUCAAACGCUGCUCGCCGGCUUGAAAGACAACCAGGGCCGUCAAGCCUACUUGUACUUCCAACCCGGGGCGGACUUUGACGAUGUUGAAACCACCUACGACACGCAGACCGACGCCUGGGGCCUUAGUAUUGAUGGUAAUGGGGGCGAGUUUGUGGCCCGGUUUCUGAACCUGCAGGAUGUGAGCUCGCUGUCUUCUCUCGACAAUAUUACUUAUGACACUAUCCGCGACUGGAUGCAGAUGGGGUGGACCAUGUACGAAGAUACCCUGAUGACCCACAACCCCGAUCUCAGCAAGGUCCUGCAUUUUCACGGCGAACAGGACCCUAGCGUGCCUACUGCCUCCUCCGUCCAUUAUUACGAGGCGGUCCGCAAGAUUAUGUUCCCUAACGAGACUCUAAACACGAGUGCCGCCGCCCUGGGCGAAUUCUAUCGGCUCUAUCUUGUCCCCGGCAUGGCCCACUGCGGCACCAACAGUGAACAGCCAAACGGACCCUUCCCCCAAACGAACCUGGCCGUCAUGAUCGAUUGGGUUGAGAACGGUGUGGUCCCCGUGACGUUGAACUCAACAGUUCUCCAGGGAGACAAUGAAGGUGAGCACCAACAAAUCUGUGCUUGGCCACUCCGCCCUCUCUGGUCCAACAACGGGACAACUAUGAAUUGUGUGUUCGACCAGGCCUCGUACGACACGUGGAUCUACGAUUUUGACGCCUACAAACUUCCUCUGUACUAA